AUGUUGAGACUUCUCGGAGGAUUGAGUGUUUAUUUUAAGUACCAGGACAUUAAGACUGAUAAUGCGGUGUUCCGCUUGCACAAUGUGUUCACAACGGUGCUCUUGCUCACUUGCUCGGUCAUCAUCACGGCCACGCAGUACGUCGGGCAUCCGAUACAGUGCAUCGUCAACGGGCUGCCGGCCAAUGUCGUCAACACGUUCUGUUGGAUCACGUCCACGUUCACCAUGCCGGACGCUUUCAAUAGAGAGGUCGGCAAAGCAGUGGCGCACCCCGGCGUGGCCAACGAGUACGACAGCACAGUGGAGAAAAAAUAUUACACCUACUAUCAGUGGGUGUGCUUCGUGCUGUUCUUCCAGGCUAUAAUGUGCUACACGCCGAAGUUUCUGUGGGACGCAUUCGAGGGUGGCCUCUUACGGACCAUCGUGAUGGGCCUCAAUAUUGGCGUUUGCGACCAGAAGGAGAAGGAGAAGAAAAAGGACGCCAUCAUCGGCUACCUCAUCAGAUACGAGAGGAUGCACAAGUUAUACGCCUUGAGGUACUGGGGCUGCGAGCUGUUGUGCCUCAUCAACAUUGUGCUGCAGCUUUGGAUGAUGGACAAGUUCUUCAACGGGGAGUUCUUUUCGUACGGCACGCGAGUGCUGGGUUACAGCGAGGUGCCGCAAGAACAGAGAUAUGAUCCGAUGAUCUACGUGUUUCCGCGGGUCACCAAGUGCACAUUCCACAAGUUCGGUGCGUCCGGCAGCAUCCAGACGCACGACAGCCUCUGUAUAUUGCCGCUCAACAUAGUCAACGAGAAGACCUACAUCUUCAUCUGGUUCUGGUACAUCAUACUGGCCGUCAUUCUGUCGCUGCUUGUUAUUUACAGACUGGUGAUAAUCUUCGUGCCGUCGGUCCGUCCGCGACUGCUCCACGCGCGGUCUCGGAGCAUCGCGAUGGAGACUGCCGCGCUGGUCUCGAGACGGACCGACGUCGGCGACUGGUGGCUACUGUACAUGCUCGCCAGGAACAUGGACCCCAUCAUAUACAGAGAGUUAAUAGCGGAGCUCGUAAAACAUAUGGGCGAGAAGUCAGGGCCUCGUGCGUGA